UCAUCUUCACGUUGUGUAAAAUCGAUUUCGAUAUACACACAAGAGGUAUCGACCAAUCCCGCACUUGCGUCAUGUUUUAUUCCACUUUUGGACGAGGUUAGCACAUUGCUCCCAGUCACCAGUCCAAUAAAAUCAAGGCACAGCUGUAGUUUCCAGACAUCAGCAAAAUUAAUAAAAAAUUCAUCUUUAUAUAUUGACCAAGAAGAAGAAGAAUUUGAAAAUAUGUCUCCUCAUGAUAGAAACUUCAAUGGCCGUGGCAGUGGUGGACGUGGUGGUCGCGAUGACCGUGGAAGCCGCGGUGGUGCAUCCGGAGGUGGUGGUGUACGCAAUGGACGCAUAGACAAGCGAACUGACCGUCGUGGAGGUGGUGGAGGAGGAAUGGGUGGAGGAAAUCGUAAUAACGGUGGCGACUUGGAGCUCUACGACGUUGACUGGUCCAACUUGGAACCAUUCAAGAAGAACUUCUAUCAAGAGCAUCCCAAAGUAGCAAAUCGCAACCCACAAGAUGUCCAACGCUAUCGUGAUCAGCAUGAGAUUACCAUCCGUGGUAAGGCUCCCAACCCAAUUGAGGACUUCUCCGAGGUAAAUCUACCCGAUUAUGUGGCCAAGGAGAUCAAACGCCAGGGAUACAAGGCACCAACAGCAAUCCAAGCCCAAGGCUGGCCCAUUGCCAUGAGUGGCGACAAUCUUGUCGGUAUUGCCAAGACCGGAUCAGGCAAGACUCUGGGUUACAUUCUACCCGCAAUUGUCCACAUCAACAACCAGAAGCCAUUGCAACGUGGCGAUGGGCCCAUCGCCCUCGUCUUGGCUCCAACUCGUGAAUUAGCCCAACAAAUCCAACAAGUAGCAACAGAAUUCGGUUCGUCCUCGUACGUUCGCAACACAUGCGUCUUUGGAGGAGCUCCAAAGGGCGGUCAAGCCAGAGACUUGCAGCGUGGCUGUGAAAUUGUCAUCGCCACUCCCGGUCGUCUUAUUGAUUUCCUCGCUUCGGGAACCACAAACCUACAGAGAUGCACAUACUUGGUGCUCGACGAGGCGGAUCGUAUGUUGGACAUGGGUUUCGAGCCCCAGAUUCGCAAGAUUCUCACACAAAUUCGCCCCGACAGACACACUCUUAUGUGGAGUGCGACUUGGCCACGUGAGGUGAAGCAAUUAGCUGAGGAUUUCCUCGGCAGCUAUGUUCAAAUCAAUAUCGGUUCAUUGGAACUCUCUGCCAAUCACAAUAUCAAACAAGUUGUUGAGGUUUGCGAUGAGCAUGACAAGGAAGAAAAACUAAAAACACUACUCUCUGAUAUCUACGACACCAGCGAGAAUCCCGGCAAAAUUAUCAUUUUCGUCGAGACCAAGAAACGUGUCGACCAUUUGGUGCGUUUCAUUCGUAGCUUCGGUGUCCGUUGCGGCGCCAUUCACGGAGACAAGUCACAAUCAGAGCGAGAUUUCGUUUUGCGCGAGUUCCGUUCGGGCAAAUCAAAUAUUUUGGUUGCCACAGAUGUUGCUGCUCGUGGUUUAGAGGCCGAUUAUGAUGGUAUGGUGGGGAUAACAUGACACAAUGAAGGAUGUAAUUUUGUAUGUGUACUAAAUUGAAAAAUUAAAAAAAAAAAACUGAAAAAAUGCUUCAAAACGCGCAUGGCAAUGUUUCGAACAACAAUUAACAAUUUGUUUGUAUUCGAAACUCAGCCAUCGUGAUGAUGAUGAUGAUAUCGUCGUUGAUAAUGAUGUUGACGACGAUGAUGAUGAUGUAGAAUCUCUUAGUAUAGUCAGAGAUUUUAUAAAAAUACAAAAAGAAACGUACAUAAGCAUACACGAGGAGGUAUAUUCAACAUCAAACUGCUCCAUAGUUUGCGCUACGCCAUGAGUAUGGUCUUUGUAUCUCUUCAAAAAAAAAAAAAAAAAAAAAUGGACAGACACAAAAUAAUAAAACCUUGAUGAGAUGCGCGAUGGCGCUCAAACUUAGGACAAGCCGAUAAGCAGUAUACCUCACAACAAUUACAAACGGAUUUGUGUUCUACAGUAACGGACGAGCUACUUAACUAUCCCUAUCAUCACAAGAGUAUGGCCUCUGGUUGGGUUUUCAAAAAAUAAAACUAAAAAAACGUGUAAUAGAAAAAUGAACAUAAAUUAAGAAUGAGAAAAAGAAAUAAGCAAAAACAAAAACACUAAAUCGUAUACUUCGGGCGUCAAAUGUAACAAUAAAGAUCGUGUACCUAUGACAAUUAUUGAAAGACAUAUGUGAUUGUCUGUCGUUGUCACAGCACAAGCGGCAGGGCGGCGGCAAAGGUCACGAAAAAUAUGCCGCUCCAAGUCUCGUUACAACACACGAAAUAAUGUAAACAAAAUGACGCUUGAAACGAUUAAUUUUUGCUUGAGUUGUGUUUUAGGGAAAACUCCUCUCUUCAAUUAAAUAUAAACAAAAAUAUGUAAUAUCAAUCAACCGCUGGCGCUGCAGGCAAAAUCCACAAUAAAUGCAUCUCUAUCAAACCAAAAUGUGUUCUUUGGCAUAAACUUUUAUACCUACAAAAACAACAACAAUAAAAAAACAUGCAUGCUGAAACAGUCCGCCUCUGUAAUUCGUUUGGAAGUUGGAUUGUAUCAGAAAU